UCUAAAGUGGGAAAACUUAGUUUCGUGGGCAUGCGUCACGAAUACAGCGCAGCUAUAAAACAGAUGACCUCCCUCCUCUCGCAGUUACUCAGUUACUCCAUCCACACUCGUGCAUACGCCUCACUGUACCUUAGUUUCUAAAUUUAAAACAUCAAAUCCACAAUGCCCAUCGAUCUCUACUACGUGCCUGGCUCCGCGCCGUGCAGGGCUGUCUUGCUCACAGCGAGGGCUCUCAACCUAAAUCUUAACUUGAAACUGGUUGACUUGCAUCACGGCGAGCAUUUGAAGCCUGAGUAUCUGAAGAUCAACCCCCAGCACACAGUCCCCACACUGGUUGACGAUGGAUUCUCCCUAUGGGAAUCCCGUGCUAUCAUAACCUACCUGGUCAACAAAUAUGGCAAGGGCUCCACGCUGUACCCUGAGGACCCGAAGGCGCGUGCGCUCGUUGACCAGAGGCUGUACUUCGAUAUUGGCACCCUGUACCAGAGAUUUGCUGAUUAUUUCUAUCCACAAGUUUUCGGCGGUGCCCCGGCCGACAAAGAGAAGGCCUCCAAAAUCGAAGACUCUCUUAAGCUCCUGGACACAUUCCUUGAGGGCCAGAAAUACGUGGCAGGCCCCAACCUCACUGUCGCCGAUCUGAGUCUCAUCGCGAGCGUAUCCAGCUUCGAGGCAUCCGAUAUUGACUUCAAGAAAUACCCUAAUGUUAAGAGAUGGUACGAGACAGUGAGGAGCACCGCACCAGGAUACCAAGAGGCUAACGAGAAAGGACUGGAGGCGUUCAAGGGGCUCGUCAACAGCAUGCUCAAGAAGUGAACGAGGGCUGAGAAGCUUUUAAAAUUUUGUUACGAAAUUUUACACUUUACGAAUAAGUAAAGCCACCGUAUUCUCAAAUUUAACACCGUUUUCCAUGUUACUUAUUAAUAUAAGUUUAGUGAUAAGGCACAAAUAAAUUAUAUUGUAUUAAA